AUGACGAAUGAUGAAAUAAAGAUGAACACCCAGCUUCAGCACAAAUGGCAGCUUGUCCGAAAUCAAAGAGAUAAUUUCUCAAAUGGAGGAGAUCCUGAAGAUGAUGUAUCCUUGUUAACGCCCUUUCCAUACAGAGUUGGUUUAUUCUAG